GAAAGCAGGCUAUUUGUCUGACAUCAUCUUCCCCUCCCUGGCCUGCGAAGAGUUACUCAGGCAAUCCCUGGUCCGCCGGAGGAGACUGUCCAAUUGCCAAGCAACCCACUGUUGGCCAAUCACAGAGCUCAGAGGUGAUGUCAUGGUGAGAGCUGAUCAGUGGUGCUGAUGUGGAGAGAAGCCCAGGGUACUACUAAUUGAGGGAGUGAGGAAGGGAGCAGCUCGCUUCUAACUGGACUGCAGGUUUGUGACAGUGUCCUGAGCUGGUGACAGACCUAACCUGUGACUUUCAGUUGGAUUCAGUCCUCACAUUCCAGAAAACAUGACCCUCGCUGCCUACAAAGAGAAAAUGAAGGAGCUCCCGCUGGUGUCCUUGUUCUGCUCCUGUUUCCUGGCCGAUCCCCUGAAUAAGUCAUCCUAUAAAUACGAAGGCUGGUGUGGGAGACAGUGUAGGAGAAAAGAUGAAAGCCAGCGGAAAGACAGUGCUGACUGGAGAGAAAGAAGAGAGCAGGCAGACACAGUGGACCUGAACUGGUGUGUAAUUUCUGACAUGGAAGUCAUUGAGCUGAACAAAUGCACCUCAGGCCAGUCCUUUGAAGUCAUCCUGAAGCCGCCUUCCUUCGAUGGGGUGCCCGAGUUCAAUGCCUCCCUACCCAGACGGCGAGACCCAUCACUGGAAGAGAUACAGAAGAAGCUAGAAGCAGCUGAGGAGCGAAGGAAGUACCAGGAGGCUGAGCUCCUAAAGCACCUGGCGGAGAAACGAGAACAUGAGCGGGAGGUGAUCCAAAAAGCCAUUGAGGAAAACAACAACUUCAUCAAGAUGGCUAAGGAAAAACUGGCCCAGAAGAUGGAAUCCAAUAAGGAGAACCGGGAGGCUCACCUGGCUGCCAUGUUGGAACGGCUGCAAGAGAAGGAGCCGCCUGCUGCGCGGUGACUCCCGGGACCCGAUCGGUGGCCUCGUCCCAUGGUGAGCAGCGUGGUCCCCGCUCCCUCUUGCCCAUCCACCUAGACGCUCAGGCACUUCAAAACAGCUGCUAGAAAGACCUGGUUUCUUCACAGGGGAUCUGACUGGUGCAUAGGCCCUGCAGCUAACCAGCAUGGGGCACCCUCCUCUCAUACUCCAUCAUUCCGGGGGCAGGAAGGCCUCCACCGAGUGCUAGAUGGAAAGGAAGUGAUCUGGGUAUGGCCUCGGACUUCUCCAGUUAUAGAGGGAUGGUUAGGAGCAAACCCUUGCCGGAAAAACAUCUGGGAUUGGGGUAGGAUGGGGCAUGGGCUCUCAGGCCAAACCCAGAGGAAAUCAUUACGGCUAGAGUCAUGAUACCGUGUUUGAGAGACUGUAAAACACUUUGGUUUCACCAUAUGCCUAGCCUCAUAACCAGUCCAUGAAGUAAGCAGGAGAGAUGUUAUUCUUAUUUUACUUGAGGGAACCAUGUCAGACAAGGUCAAAUGACUUGCCUAAGGUCACACAGCCACCCAGCAGUGGAACUGGGACUAGAACUCAGUUCCUUGGCUACAAACUGGUGGCUCUUUCAACACUUGUUUUAGGAAGAUCGGCCCAUAAUCAUCCUGCCAGCCUUUUGACAGAGAGGCGGCCAUUGGAGGUCAAGGAAAGGGGGUCCAGAAACCCAGGGUUCUAUCCAAUGAGCUCACCUGAGCAUGGAGGUAGAUUCCAAGAUGGAGAGAUUGGGAAGGCCCACAAUCUGGGGUAAUAGCUUUGGAGGUCAGGUAAGACUCAAAGAAGCAAGAUGUCAGGGCAGACAUUUGAGUGGGCAUCUCUCCGCGGGAUCUUGACCUCUAUUUACCCUUCUCUACCUGAAGGCAAAACGUAGAGCCUUCAAACGUAGAUAGGUGUGUAGUUUCUGCCCUGCCUCAGGCCAGAAAUGUCUUCAACAAUACCUCUGUGUCAAUAUUUGUGUGGGUCACUGACCACCUGUACCAGACUCACCUUGUGUCAAGUUUAACACUGCAGGUAUGUGGGUCCUAUCCUCGACCUACUCACGCUGGCUCUCUAGGGGUGGUGCCUAAGUGCCUUCAGUUUAACAAGCUUCCUAGGUCAUACUGAUACAUAGCAAGGUUGAGAACAACAGCCCUAGAACAACUGCCCUAGGGCCUCUCAGGGACAGAUGUGUAGUUUAAGGUAUAU